AUGGUCCAGUUUUCUACCCUUCUUAUCGCUGCCACUGCUUGCCUUGUCGCAGCGGCUCCUCACGGCGCCCAGAAGUCCAAGGCCAUUGUUUCCCGCGGUGCUCCCGCACCAGGUGACGAGCUCACAUUGAGCAAAACAAACAACAAUAUGGACGACGGGACCUUCGACGCCAACGGCGGAGACAUCACGUUCAAGGUCGGCAACAAGCUCGGUGAAGGGAGCGCAGGCAGGAUCUACAGCAUCGACUGCAACGGCAACGCCGCCUGCAACGAGCUGGGCCGCGUCGUCCUCAAGCACUACAUCGACAACUCGCAAGCCGGGGGUGAGCGGAACAACCUUGCCAAGAUUGGGGAGCUGAAGGCCGUCAAAUCCAGCAACGGGGACGAGUUCACCCUCCUGACGCAGUGGGACGGCGUCAAGUUUUCCGAGCUCCCGACGUACCAGAGACUCUCCCAGAACACGGAGGAAAACUACGACGCCCUUGUGGAGUUUGUCGACAGCGCCAUUUCUAAGAUUACCGACGAUGCGAAGGCAUACAUUACGAACAACCUCAUCUUUCAUGAGGACGUCAACGACGCCAACGUCUUGAUGCAGGAAAGCGACGGCAAGAUCACCUCCGCCAAGGUUAUUGACUGGGAUAAGGCCACGAUCAUUUCUGCCGACAACGUCGAGGACGCUCUCGGCGACAUGGAGUAUGUGGUCAACCUUGCGUUCGAGAGGUUCAAGCCGGAGUAA